GCAAUCCCGGCAGACAUGGCGCCCACCACACACAUCCUUGGACUAGCUGUCCUGUGUUUAUUUUGCUUUAUGGUAUGUUUUGGGAUGAGACCUUCAGAAUGGAGCAACCUCCCAGACUCCAAGAUAAUUUGGAAGGCGGCAAAACCCCUGCUGACCCGGGAGCAGCAUAUGGAACAUGAGGACGAAUGGACGAAGGGACACCCUGAUGACCCCUACGACGGUAUGGCGAAAUUCUUCGGCCAGGACAAAAUCAAGAUAGGAAUCAACGACAUUGAUUAUAAGGAGCACGGGGAGUUCCCUUAUAGAGUUGUCAAGCUGGACGACUUCAUGAUGGACAAAUAUCCCGUCACUGUCGGCCAGUUCAGACGCUUCCAGCAAAACAAGCCUUUAUUUCGGAGCACUGCUGAAAUGCAUGGAUUCAGCCACGUGUUCUUCAGACAUGUCACCAACCCCAUCCAGUACCCGGAGAAAGAUAUGAAGGACGUCUUUUGGAGGAAGGUGCCGCUUACAACGUGGGCUAUGCCGUGGGGCCGCAAGGACACCGACGAGGACACACUGAAUGAGGACCUGCCCGCCGUCCACGUCAGUCAUGAUGACGCGUCGAAUUAUUGUAAUUGGAGGGGGAAGCGACUGCCGUCAGAGGCAGAGUGGGAGUACGCUGCGAGGGCGGGAAACCCUGAACCUAUCAUCUACCCCUGGGGCGACCACUUCAAACCGAAGCGCAUGAACCACUGGCAGGGCUAUUACCCAGGCGAGAAUCUUGAACAUGAUGGUCACGGGGGCGUCGCGCCAGUGGACGCGUUUGAAGCACAGAAUACAAAAGGGAUGCAUGACAUGGUCGGGAAUAUUUGGGAAUGGACGGCUUCAUUCUACAUCCCAUAUGACCGCACAAACUACACCAUGGCAGAUGUUGGAAAGACAUUCGUGACGAAGGGGGGCUCCUUCAUUGACACGGUGGAGGGGAACAUGAACCAUCCCAUCAGGGUCGCCUCCAGAUGGCCUCAAGGAAUCAGCUAUACCGCGGAGAAUGUCGGAUUCCGCUGCGCCCGCUCGUGGGACGUGGAUGUGUCAUGGAUGAAAGCCAUUAAACCAGACAAACCAAAACCACAACACAUCCGCUUUGAGGACACAUGGGAGUUCAAGAAAAAUGAAAAGCUGCGGCUGGAGAAGAUGGAGAAGUUGAAAAACAUUGGUGAGAGGAAGAAAGCUCACAAGAUAUUCAGGAAGGACGAACUUUGAGUGUGUUUCUCUUGUGUGAGGACAACAGUGGCCAGAGUCUUAACGCCACCAGGGGUAAUGGAAUCUCACCCAGAACGCUUUAUCAUGCACAUUUUAUAGUACUUAUUGAUAUUCAUUGCCGCACCCGUCGGCGUUCAAAGAUCGCACUGGAUUGCAUGCCUAAUUUUCGUGUCUGGUUGAUAUCACACAUACUCCACACGGGUACAAACAUGGUCGUCUUUUCUCCAGCCCGGUUGUCACAACCAUGCUGUCUCAUUUGGCGAAAGACUAUGGCAUUAUAAAUGUACCCAUGGGUAUGUUAUGUCACGACUGUUGUGCACUGGACAAGACCUGGUCAUAUCUCCAAUUCAGCCAAUGUCACAAAAAUGCCGUCUCAUACCGGUGAAAGACCAUCGAGACAACUUGGGUCAUUUCUUCGAUUCAGCCACAACCAUGCGGUCUCGUCUUGUGAAAGAUCAUCACAUCCUAUAAAUGUCCCCACAUCCCAAUCUGGCCAUGUCACAACAGUUGAUGCAUUAGGCAAGAUUUGUGACACAGUUCGGAUUGUGGGUACAUUUAAUCUUCCUUUGUUGAAACUUAAGAAUUAAAGCAUACCACAUUUCAUGUCA